AUGAAAUUCGUACCUGCCCAAAUCAAACAACCACCAUGGACGGCGGUUGCGAGGUUUAGAAACCAAGGAAUGUGUAUUGUGGUCUGCACAACUCAUGAGGACGAGUCGUUCAUGUAUCCAAAUGCCGACAUUGACAACAUGUUUAAACCUCGAGCAGACGAAAAACUGCGAAGUGAGGUUCGGUUGGUUGAUGUUGGGUCUGGAAACGAAAUGGAUGCCGAUCAUUCCAAAGGCACUUUCCUUCGUUCUUGCAGUUGGACGAAUGAAGUUUUGCAAGCCGAUCUAUAG